AUGCGCCGCCUGGGCGCUUCGGAUUUUCGCGGAGUCCGCGAGCGCCGUUCCGGCGCCUUCUCUUCCAAGAUCUGGUUUGGCGAGAAACGCCUCAUCCUCGGCACCUACGACACCGCAGAGGAGGCGGACGCCGCGUGGCGUCUCCUGAGGCUUUGCCGGGAGAUGAAUUUUCCCGACGUGUCGAGCCAGCGGGCGCAGGAUCUCGUGCCUCUCCCGCCGCUUUUCACCAACGACGAUCGUCGUGUCCACCGGAGACGGCAGCGUCGCCUUGCCAUCGUCGAGAUGGACGUGGAAACCAUGGUGGUGUGGUGCGAACGCUUCCCGCGGGACAUCGUCGACGAGCGCCAGUUCUACAAGUAA